CUCCUCCAACAAACGCGGUCGCUUAGAAUGGCGGCAGGAUCUAGCGACAGCAAAGGCGCGGUGUUCUUAGAAUCAGAGAUCGAGUUCAUAGCGGAGAACGAGCUGGUGUCCAUCGUGCCCAACUUCCGAGCCGACGCGCUGCACCUCCACGCCGGCGACAUUGGGCCGUUCAGGCCUCAGAUUGCCCUGCAGGUGCCGCUAUGGCUGGCCAUCGCUCUCAAGAAGCGCGCCAAGUGCUCCAUCCAGCCGCCUCCCUGGCUUGCUGCAGGUGACCCGCGUCCUCAUCCCCUUCCGCGUGCUGUGCUGUUGGCAAUGUUUUUAUCCCAGUGA